CUAUGAUAGCCGUCACUGUAAUUUUGUAAAUAAAUUUGAAAAAUUAUUUUUGGUUAUUAUUGCAUUGAAAUAAAAUGGAAAAUUAUUUCAAAGGGAAAAAUGUUGAAGAGGAAAUGGAAAGAAGCAAAAUCCCAAUAAAUGGAUUACCUGAAAACUUCCUUUGGAUGCAGGUAAAAGGAGGAAGUAAAAUGGUGAAUUUACUAUCACAUGCUUCGGGUAUUCUAGAGGAUAAAGCCACAACAGCUGUCGUUUGGAGUGGGGCCGGAGUCGCAAUACCUAAAGCAAUCUCAUGUGCAGAAAUAUUAAAAAGGCAAUUCUCGAUCCAACACCAAGUAACGAAAUUAACAUCUAAAAGUGUGGAAGAGUACUGGGAGCCUAAACUUGAUGGACUUGAAACAAUAGUAGUGAAGAGGCAAAUACCAGUGAUACACAUUUUUUUAUCGGUUGAGCAACCACUAGACACUCCACUUGGAUACCAAACAUUACAUGGAAAGAAAUUUUGGGAGCAAGAGCAAUUCUCAAAACAAAACCAGUCACAUAAGACAAAAAAGCCAUUUAAACAUAAGAAUGUUAAAUAAACAUAAUAUUAUAUGCUUUUCAAAUGUGUUUUAUUGACUUACAGUAAAAUUUAUAUUAAUUUAGAUUAAUAAAUACCUCAUUAAACGAUUUCUAU